AUGCAGUACCGGAGAAUAAUGGAGGUGGAGCCGCCGAGUCCGUUAAGAUACAUAAUUGGGGCAGCGAUAAUGAUGAUAGGAGUGGUUUUACCCGUCGGUUACAUGAUGUUUCGUACCAAGCGUGUCCCUUCUUCUUCCUCUUACUCGAAACAGACGUAGGAGCAAAGUUUUGAUAUAGAGAGAUCAGGACAAGAGAGUCUUCUAUACAAUUCUCGGUCACUUGAGUUUGAAGAACAUGCAAAAACAAGGUGGUCUUGACUGAUGUGAAAAUACAAAUGUAAAUGCACUGAAAACUACAAUUUUGUUAUAUUGCUGUUGGGAUUUCUAAUUUGAUUUUAUAAAUGUGGUUUGAUUUAAAAAUGAAAUUUUGUUUUACUUCUACUUGAGAAUUCUAACUCAAGUUUGUAACAUGAAAUGUGUGGUUUGAUUCGAUAUUUUGAUCUUUGGUUUUGAUCAAAUGGAUACAAAUGUCUAUGAUGAA